AUGGAAGAAGACGAUGUUAAAUGUUUGGGAUCAAAAAACGAUAUCACAUUAGGGUUACGUAAGAAACUCUAUCUCCUACAUUGCCCCCAAUGCAAAACCUACUCUGAGCCUUGCAAAUCAGGGAUACAAUCAAAUCAGCUUCUAGUUUUUUGUUUAAAAUUACUAGAAACAAAUCUGAGUUCAAACAAUGCGAGAUUGGUUGGUUCUCAAACAGUUCCAUCUCAACCCGAUUCAAAGAUUAUCAAAAUUAGUGUUACUGUUCAGAAACAGGCUAUCAAUGGAGAAAUUCUUCAACAAUCUUAUCUUGUUGAGUUUGUUCAACGCAACCGUGUCUGUGAAUCUUGUACAAGUCUUCAGCCUGAUCAUGAUCAAUGGAAUUCUGUUGUGAAAUUAAGACGACAUGAUUGUCCCAUGCAUAGUUUCUUUUGGUUGGAACAUGCUAUUUCAAAGUAUGGUCUUGCUGUUAAUGCUGUGAAAAUCAAUGAUAUGAAACACUGUAUUGAUUACUUUUUCGCCAACACAAUUCAUGUUAACGAACUUCUUGAUUUUAUCAAGGAACGAAAUCCUGUGAGGAUUUCUGAGAGUAAGGAACUUGUUUCUCAUGAUACAUAUGAUUAUAGAUACACUUGUUUUUCGGUUCGAGUUUGUCCUAUUGGUUCUCAGGAUUUGAUUUUUCUGCCACCUAAAGUUGCUUCCAGUUUGGGCAAUAUCGGUCCUAUUGUUAUUUGCACCGAUGUUGCCGAUUUUAUUACUUUGUUUGAUCCGUUAACCUUGACGGAGUGUUGCUUAGAGGGUGAUAUGUAUUGGAGGACACCCUUCAAGUCUUCGCUCACUAGGAAAAAUUUAGUGGAAUAUAUUGUGCUCGAUAUGAAGGAUGUUUUUUCAGAGGUCACUAUUGAGGGUAACAAAUUCGGAUUAGCUAAUGCUGAGGUUGCUCGUGCGAAAGAUUUGGGAAAGAAUGACACGAGAUUUAGUAUCAAGACUCAUCUGGGUUAUGAUUUGAAAGCGGGUGAUUAUGCUCUUGGUUAUGACUUGUGGGAGGCUAAUUGUAGUGAUAUUGAGAUUGAAUUGAAGGAACAGACUCGAGAUUGUGUGAUUUUAAUCAAGAAGACAUAUGCAAUGAAACGCCUGAUGAAGAGAUGUGCAGAGCAUAUGUUGUACUUAAAAGAUCUAGAAGAGAUCACUAAUGAGGUGCCCGGCAUAUCACUUGGCGGUGAAGGGCCGCCAUUGGAGGAGAAGCUGGGUGAUCUUAAUCUAAGUGGCGAGGAGGAAUAUAAGGAGAAGAAGAAGGCGAGAAUCGAUGGCAUGAUCGAAUAA